AUGGUGAGAAUUCCAAUAGAGAUUGAGGAAGAAAAAGUAAUGGAAGUACAGGAUUGGGUCGCUCAAGUUAAUAAAAACCUUCAGAACAUGGUGAAUCAUUCCGCUGAGAUGGAUGACUCCUGGACGAAACGUUCAAUCUACAAAGUUCCUACCCGAGUGUCAGACCUGAACGAGAAAGCCUACAAGCCUCAGGUAGUCUCUCUUGGUCCUUAUCAUUAUGGAGGCUCAUUGGCUGAUGAACUGAUGGAUUUGGAAGAAGCAUACGACAUGCUUGACAGAAAAUGGCAAAAAGAUAUCCGCAAAUUUCUGCAGAUGAUGAUUCUUGAUGGCUGUUUUAUGCUGGAAAUCUUUCACUUUGCUACUCUUACAUCUGAUGAUGAUAAGGGUGGCGCAUUGGAUGGCUACACCGUUAAUUAUCCAAUUUUUAGCAGACAUGGGAAACUUUACAUGAUGCCCCAUAUCAAGCAUGACAUGUUGUUGCUUGAAAAUCAGUUGCCAAUGAGGGUUCUUGAGAAGCUGUUUUCUUUUCAGUUUGGGCAGCAACACAAAGAAGAAAAUCUCAACAAUCUAACUCAAUUCUUCUUUCCCUACAUGACUACCUCAUCGCGCCUUGGUAAAUGCUUGCACGACUUAGAUUUGCACAGGAAGAGCAUGGUUCAGAACGAUGCACCCAAGAGCAAACCUCAACGCCCCUUAUGCAAAGGUGGAGAAGAUAUAAUCCAGUCUGCAAGAGAGCUCAAUGAAGCAGGAGUCGAGUUCAAGAAAAGCAAAUCUAGCAGUUUGGCAAGCAUCUCAUUCCAAGGAGGACUCCUUGAGCUACCUGUCAUCGCAGUUGAUGAUUCAACUGAAUCGAUCUUUCUUAAUAUGAUCGCCUUCGAGCGUUUCCAUUUCUAUACAGGAAAUGAGGUAAUUUCUUACAUCUUUUUCAUGGACAGUAUCAUUAACAAUGAAAAGGAUGUUGCAUUGUUACAUUCUAAGGGGAUAAUCAAGAGCCCCAUUGCUAGCAACAAAGCUGUGGCUAAACUGUUUAAUUCUCUCAGCAAGGACAUUCCAUUUGACCCAGCUGAAAGCGACCUGCAUAAAGUGCACAAGAAAGUCCAUGACUACUGUCAAAAGAGCGGGAAUCAAUGGCGAGCUAAUCUAAUUCAAACCAAUUUUGGAAAUCCAUGGGCUUUUCUGUCUCUUUCUGCUGCAGUCAUCCUCUUUAUCCUCAUUAUUGCUCAGACAGUAUCCUACCAGCCCGGGAAAUGGAAGUGA